AUGGAAUGUCUGAAUGGUCUGAAAAAUCUAGGAAUUGACAUCAGUACGUGGGACAUCAUAAUCAUUCACAUUAUUAGCUCAAAGUUAGAUUUUGAAUCUCGAAAACAGUGGGAAACUAAAUUGAGUUCUAAGGAUGAGUUACCCGUACUUUUGGAAUUCAAAGAUUUUUUGGAAGCCAGAUUCCGGGCCCUCGAGUUUUUGAAUGCCGGGACAAACAAACCUACUGCUAGUGUUAUUAAGAAAGCAACAACGCACCAUGUCAUUAGUACUGAUAAUAAACCUAACGAAGUGACUUGUCCAUUCUGCGAGGAAGGUCACAAAAUUGCACAUUGCAAAAAGUUUGCAAAGGAGAGUUAUGAAGCUCGUCAUAACUUUGUACAAACCAGGCGUUUAUGCUUCAAUUGUUUAAACUCCAACCACUCUAUUAAGUUUUGUCGUCAUAAUGGCUCAUGUCGUAUAUGUAAGCGAAGACAUCACUCACUACUACAUCCUCAGUCGGUCUCAAACUCAGCUGUCCCUAAUGAAAACUCCCACAUAGCAACUGAAGUUAAAUCAGCGGUAUCCAGAGUUCAGGCAUCGUUUUCAGAAGAUGAAUCGUCACCCUCUAAUUUAGUAUCAUAUUUUUCAAAAGGGUCUUUACCUAAACAAGUUUUGUUAGCUACUGCUCUUGUCGAAGCACAGACAAGAAGUGGCUCUACUCAACUGCUGAGAGUGCUAUUAGAUCAAGGAUCUCAGGCAUCAUUCAUAGCAGAAUCAGCAGUGCAGCUUCUAGGACUAAAAAAGACUCCAGUGAAGACGGUAAUAUCAGGAAUAGGCGGCGAGAAGAGCGCGUUUGCCUCUAAGUAUGCAGUCACAGUGACUAUUCACUCACGCCUAGACCCUAGUUUUAGUAUCCAAGUGCAUGCUUUUGUUUUAGGCAGCAUAACAUCGAUUUUACCAUCUAAAAAAUUAGAGGUGUUCAGUUGGCCGGAGCUGACACAGAUUACAUUAGCGGAUCCAGAUUUUCACACACCAAGUAAGAUAGACAUCUUACUAGGUGCUGAAAUAUAUGGCCAAGUUCUGAGAGAUGGUUUAAUUAAGAGUUCCCCAAACGCACCUAUCGCUCAGAAUACUGUACUUGGUUGGAUCCUCUCUGGACAAAUCUCAACAAGUGAUGACCCUAUACAUUGUCAUUAUGUCAUUCACAGCAACUCAGAUCAGGCUGAUGACAACGCACUUUUGCGACAGUUUUGGGAAAUAGAGUCUGUCAUACCUGAUCAGAAAAUACUUUCUGAUGAGGAGCAACGUUGUGAGAACAUUUUUGCUCAAACUACUCACCGUGAUAAAGAGGGUCGGUAUGUAGUUAAUCUUCCCUUCCGCGAUCAAGAUCCGCAAUGUCAAUACGGAAGUUCCAGAGAUCUCGCAAUAAGAAGAUUCCAUCUGCUUGAAAAUAAGUUCAAGAGAAAUCCAGAAGUCAAAGCUCGAUAUUCUGAAGUCUUUCAAGAGUACAUCGACCUUGGUCACAUGGAGCCUGUACCUAGUGAUGAGCUUAACAAUAUUUCAGCUGUUUAUUUACCGCAUCACGCCGUGGUACGUGAAGACAAAACAACAACCAAGGUUCGAAUAGUGUUCGACGCUUCAAUGAAAGGUCUAAAUGGAGUGUCACUUAACGAUGACCUCAUGGUAGGCCCAAGGUUACAACCGCCGUUACGUCAUAUCAUUAUGAGAUGGAGAAUGCAUCCCAUAAGUCUCUGUGCUGACAUUGUAAAAAUGUACAGACAGGUGAAGGUCUCUUCUGAACAUGCGGAAUUUCAGAGAGUAGUGUGGCGUGAUGAUCCGGAAUCUGUAAUAAAGGAAUAUAAAUUAGUAAGAGUUACCUUUGGUACAGCAGCAGCUCCUUACCUUGCAGUGAAAUCAUUGCAACAAGUAGCAAUCGACGAAGGUGGAAGUUACCCUGACGUAUCUGAAAUUAUAAAAAAUGACUUUUACGUCGAUGAUUUAAUGACAGGUUGUCAGACAGUUGAUCAAGGAUUACAUCUACAUGAAAGAUUAACAGAAGUACUCACCAAAGGUCAAUUUCCACUACAGAAAUGGGUAAGCAGUUGCAAUGAAUUGAACGAGAGAAUUCAAGGUCAUGCUGAAAGGACAAAGCAGAAGGAAGAGCAGGAAAGGGAUAUCAAGCUGGAUUCAGUGGUGAAAAUUUUAGGAAUUUCAUGGGAUCGUCAGAGUGAUGAAUGUAAAUAUUCAGUGCAACUUCCUCCACAGCAGUUUCCAGUUACCAAAAGAAGAGUAAUCUCCGACAUCGCCCGGCUAUUUGAUCCUCUUGGAUGGGUCGCACCCUGCAUCAUUAUCUCGAAGAUCUUCAUCCAAAAGCUCUGGCUUUCUGGUCUAGACUGGGAUGCAGAAUUAACUCCAGAUCUUCUUAGCGAAUGGGAAACUUACCGUGCAAGCCUUGUAGAGACGAAUAAGAUCAGCAUUCCGAGAUGGAUUAAUACGAAAGCCGACGACUCAUUGAUGGAGUUACAUGGAUUUUGCGACGCGUCAAUUGCCGCUUAUGCUGCUGUAGUGUAUGUCAGAACCAUUGAUGCCGAAGGAAAAAUUCAUGUUAAUUUAAUUACUGCUCGAACUAAAGUUGCACCGGUUAAGCAGCAGUCAGUUCCGCGUUUGGAGUUAAUGGGAGCAGUCUUACUCUCUGAACUUAUUAUUGAAGUCGCUAGGGUGAUGAAGAUAUCACCUCCUCAUAUACACGCUUGGACUGAUUCAUCAAUCGUGUUAGCAUGGCUCAGUAAACAUCCAAGUCAUUGGACUACUUUCGUUGGAAACCGAGUCUCCACGAUUCUUUCUCGCAUUGACAACUCACAUUGGGCGCAUGUCCAAUCAACGCAUAAUCCUGCAGAUCUUGCAUCCAGAGGUUUGACACCACAGGAACUUGCAUGUAGCUCACUGUGGAGUCAAGGACCACCGUGGCUUCAUGAAGAGACAAUUGAAUACUCAAGACCAAAGUCAAUUGUCACUAACACGGAGAAACGAACAAUCAAGGUGCACGUCGCGACUGAAACUCAACAGGAAGUUCCUGUAUGGACAAAGUAUUCCACUCUCCAAAGGUUAGUGCGGGUGAUUGCAUAUUGUAGAAGAGUCUUGAGAUGGAAGGAUCAAGGUGGCCAAAGACAUGACAAGUAUUUAACUCCUGAAGAAAUACAAGACGCAACAAAAACAUGUAUAAGACAUGUUCAGAGGCAAGAGUUUGAUGAAGAAAUGAAGGAUAUUAGAAUGAAAGGAAGCGUGAAACCUAAAAGCAAACUGAGAUGUCUCUGUCCAGUUAUUGAUGAUGAAGGUAUUCUUCGUGUUAAAGGACGUAUUCAAAAUGCCAAUUUGGAUGAGGCUGUCAAACACCCCAUCAUCUUGCCAUCUAACAGACAUUUCACCGAUUUAAUCAUUGAUGAAGCCCAUAAAAUGACUUUGCAUGGAGGACCAACACUAAUGCUGAGUCAUUUGCGUACAAAGUAUUGGAUAUUGUCAGCCAAGAAUAAGGUUAAGGCUUAUGUCCGCAAAUGUGUUAAGUGUAAGCGGUACGCGGCAUCUACUCAAACCCCGUUUAUGGGUCAAUUGCCGAAAAGUCGAGUCACUCCCGCUAGACCGUUCUACCAUACAGGUGUAGAUUUUGCUGGCCCCAUCAACCUUAGAACAUCAAAGGGUCGAGGUCACCAAUCGCACAAGGGUUACAUUUGCGUAUUUGUAUGCAUGGCAACCAAGGCCAUUCAUUUAGAAGUCAUUAGUGACUUGACAGCACACGGCUUCAUAGCCGGCUUCAAACGAUUUGUGGCUCGUCGCGGUUUUGUCGCAGACAUUUGGAGCGACAACGGUACGAAUUUCGUUGGUGCUUCCCGGGAGCUUAGACAUUUAGUUGCAGCGGAGAAGUCGUCCGUAGCUGCAGAAAUUAGAGAGUGGUUGGGCAAUAACAGCACCUCCUGGCACUUUAUUCCACCUCAUUCCCCGAAUUUUGGUGGUUUGUGGGAAGCCGGUGUGAAGUCAACGAAGUUCCACCUUAAACGCGUGAUAGGUAAUUCAACACUUACUUACGAAGAAAUGUCUACACUGUUGUCUCAAGUAGAAGCUUGCCUCAAUUCCAGGCCGUUAUCAAUGUUGUCUGACAAUUCCUCAGAUCCUACGCCUUUAACACCUGGUCAUUUUCUGAUUGGUGAGCCUCUGAUAGCGGUUCCUGAACGGAAUUAUGAACACUCAAACAUUAGUAACCUGAGACGUUGGCAGGUUACUCAACGCAUGUUGCAAGAUUUUUGGAGACGGUGGUCUGCUGAGUACUUGGUUCAGUUGUUACAGCGUUAUAAAUGGACAAAACAUAUUCCAGAACCCAAUAUUGGAGAUGUAGUUUUGAUCAAGGAGGAUAAUUUGCCUCCUGCCCGUUGGCUUUUAGAAACAAAAUCUAACAUAAAUCCCGGAGUUGGAGGCGCCGGGUAUCGAUCCCGGUACCUCUCGCAUGCUAAGCGAGCGCUCUACCAUUUGAGCUACGCCCCCGGUGUCAAGAACGGCGAACUAGUUGAUCGUGCCGUUGUCAUAGCAUGCAGAGCUAGCACACUGAAGUGGCAGAAGGUUAUAUCUGUCGAAAGACCGAUGGCAGUUGGAGCAGACGAGUUCUUGAACGGAGAUCACUACUCAGCAUACAGUUUUCUUCGACUGGAUGCGGAAGGCGGAGGACUGGGUGUAGUGGCACAACAUUGGGAAACCUUGUCUAGCAGUGGACCUGAUUAA